AUGCGUUUGCGCAGCAGGUCGAUUCGCAGCUGGGAGGCUCUUCGCAGGUUCCUACGGAUGUGGAGCUAUCGCAACAGCAACAUGGUUCGAACAACCAAGCGACGUACAUCGACAAUGUGCCCAGUCUUCGAGCGUGGGAGCUGGGUGCCACUACCUCCAACACCAACACCCCUUCCUCAUCGCGCGAUUCGGACCAGCGUUCGCCUCAAACGCCGAGGUCGAAUCCUCCCUCUACGAUCAAUCUCAACAAUAAGGUCGAGCUCAUCGACACCACCCCAAUUCAGCUUUCCGCGGCAGCCACAGCGCACGACUGGCAAGUCUAUCCACCAUCAUCCUCGACCGGCGUCGCACCAAAUGCGAUGCUCGUACCGUCUACCUUUGGCGAGCAUCAAUCGAACCCACUCCAAGCAGACCUCACAACAUGGCUCGUCAACCAACACCUCCAUCCACCGAUCCUACAGUAUCAACCAGACUGGACAGCUUGUUCCUCGGCGAGUAUCCGUUUUUGCACCAGAUCCCCUCCUCCUCGUCGUCGUCCGUUCACCGCGCCGCGUCCCAAAGAUUCGAGAUGUGUUGGAACCGGCAAUCCUAGUUUAA